AAUUGAGAGAGAGGGGCGCUUAAAUAGUUGUUGAUCGAGCGAAAAAGAGAGCGAGUAAAAGAUGAAGCUAACGUGGAACAAGAACCCUAAGAAACGAUCUCGCGUAGCUCUAUCGAAUUUCCCGGAUCUUCCUUUCGAGAAGGAUGAUGCUCCAGAGUCCCAAUCUCAUCGUCAAUUUCGUGAAGAUGAUAUUGGUCGUAGACAAACUACCGAUCAAUUGGACUCGUCGGAUCAUCCUCGUGAGAAAUUCGAUCUCGAAGCUAAGCAUCUGGCAGAGGCCAUUAGAGCCCAAGGAGACAAACUCGCUGAGGAAGGAAAAUACCAAGAGGCUCUAGGGAAAUGGGAAGCUGCUCUUAAUCUUGUUCCCGAAGAUGCAGUCCUACAUGAACAGAAAGCACAAGUGUUACUUGAGCUUGGUGAUGCAUGGAAAGCACUCAAGGCUGCAACACGAGCUACUGAGAUAGAUCCAUCGUGGGCUGAGGCAUGGACUACUCUUGGAAGAGCACAACUAAAUUUUGGUGAGCCGCACAGUGUUAUCAGGAGUUUUGAAAGUGCAUUAUCGAUCACAGUGAGUUCCACAACAAAUUAAAAAAAUCAAGUUAUAUUAUUAUG